UAUUUACAAAGCUUCUCAGAGUAGGAGUACUGAGCAAGGGUUGAGCAAGGGUUGGUUUUCCCUCUUAGAUCAUAGCGAAUAAGCUUACUAAGGAAACACUGAAAAUGAUGAAGAGGACGGCUACUGGCUGGCUGGUCUUGCUGGGCUACGUGUGUCUGGCUCAAGAAGAGGAGGUCUUGGGUUCUGUGGUGAACAUCUACACUGAACUGAAGGAGCUUAGGUCUUUGGUGGGAGAGCUGAGUACUAAGCUCCAUACAGCAGAAGCAGACCUGAAAGAGCAGAGAGCUAUGGUGGAUAAACUGAAUAAAGAGAGAGAAGAGCAACCCAAGGUAGCCUUCUCAGCAGCCUUGCUGUCAUCUGAAAGUAAACACCAUGGGCCCAUCGACGCAGAGACUAACCUCAUUUUCGGAAAAGUCCUCACCAACAUUGGCAGUGCAUACAACCCAAUCACAGGUGUCUUCACAGCGCCAGUGAGAGGGGUCUACUACUUCAGAUUUUCUGGAAAUGGCUUUGCAGGCCAUGACAUGGGUCUGAGCAUAUUCAAGGAUGGCCAAAGGAUGAUGUCUGUGUAUGAAUACCAAUCCAGUGGAGAACAGAAUGACCAUGCGUCCAAUGGAGUCACACUGCAGUUGGAGAAGGGAGAAGUGGUCUACAUGCGUCUCUGGAUCAACACAUGGGUCUUCAUCGAUGGGCGAUAUGACUACUGCUCCUUCAGUGGGUUCCUGCUCUUUCCUAUGUGAAGCAGACAGCACAAUGUCACAAUGUGAGUGAAGACAUUCUCUGGUACUCUGGUUAGAGUACCAGAGAAUCAUCUUUUCACCAUUGGUCAUAUCAUCCUAGUACAAUGUCAAUUCUAAAAACACAUCAAGCACAGGAGUAUAAGCAGAGUUUACAGCAUGAACAGGACUAUAGGUUGAUGUUUAAAAUGCUAAACAGGUGUUAAAGAUUACAACAUGUUUAGAUAACUGGCUAGACUAACUUACCAAUACAAAAAUGUGCUAAUUGAGUGACUUUCAGUGACUGACAAAACAAGAGAUAAACUGCUGAUGCACAAUCAAAUUUCGAACUUGCACCUUCUGUAUUUUACUAUUCUAACUUUCAACAGUAAUUUGAGACCCUGACUGAGUAAUAAAAAAAAUAACACAAUAAUUAAAAUAAUAAUAAUAACAUUUAUUAUUAUUAUUAUUAUUUAUUUUUGUCGGGGGCCCCCUAGCGGCUGCUUAUGUUGCUUACGCCUGGAGAAUGUAUAAUGUAAUAAAAAUAAGUCCGAAUUUUAUCAACAAUAAAAACAUAUCAAUCCGUA